AUGGCGAAGAAAAUUCGAUAUAAGGUUCUUGAGAUGGACCCAAAAGGAAAUCUUUACCUUCACAAGACUGCGAUUCUCUGCAAAAAUGAAAUUGUCAAACGACUUGUAAAUGACACAUACCAGCUGGUAGAAUCGAACCCUAUCGGUGAGUCGCGGUGGUGGUUUAACAUGCAAUGUAACGACUUUAGAUUUUUAUUCAAUUAGUAUAAGACCAGAGAAUUUUCCAAGUAAAUCGUGCUGAGCUGUUUCAUUGAUGUGUCACUCCUACGAAGUAAAAAAAGCUUGCAAAUUCGUGAAUUAGAGGAAUAAGAUUUAGCUUCCUUAAACUGCUAAGAAUGUCAAAAAAGCGAGAAACAAUGCUGCAGUAGUCCACUCAAAAUGUUUUUCUUCGUUUUCAAUGGCUCACCACGGAGAGCAACCGUUGCGUAAAUUCAGUUCGUAAGCGGAAAAUUAUUUUGUCCAUCUUCCCUUUUUUCAGUGGUAACUGUCGUGACGGGAAGGACGGCUGCUGGCACGCGCUUUCAGAAAAAAAUCUCAUUUUCAAAUGGUCGUUUUCUUUAUAAACGCAGGUCUGUCAAAAGAUUCUUCAGCACUCAAUUGCAAGGAUCUCAAGACAAAAGUGCCUUCUGCCACGUCAGGCGUCUACUGGAUUGACCCGGAUGCUGGUUCCCAUAGCAACGCUUUUCAGGCCUAUUGCGACCAACAGAAUGAGGGAGGAGGUUGGACUUUGGUCUGGAGUUAUACCCCUUCACAGCUUAUUCAAGCUUCACCUCUGGUGCAAACGCUGUCACUCCGAGGCCUACAUGGACAGCCGGCAAUGCUAACACAAGAGUUUCCACCACAGUUCCACUGA